AUCAGAAUGGAGAAGGAUUUCCCAAAAGGUAAAUUCCAGCGUGCUGUCUUUGUCCUGGCAACUGUAGGAAUAAUCAUCUUAUUGAUGGUAGCCAGGACUUACCAUCCAGGGACAUUUUAUCUGCCAGCGAUAGAAACCUACUACAAACAUGGUACAUGUCCAAGUGUACUCGAAUAUAUGGUGGCUGGUUCGUGGGCAACACGUCCUAUCACACAGAAAGAAGAAGAUGAGAUUGAAGCCUUUUUACUACAAGGCCUCUACGCUGUAAACGGAAGUAAUAAUUUCGAACUGACGGAUAAAAGAUGCGGGAACCUGGGCUACUAUCCAUGGAAGUCAAGUGAGAGAAUGGCAGACUGGACUAGAGCAUUGUGUAACCCAAGGGGAAGUAACCCUUGUUGCUAUAACAACACGUGUCAGUUGAAAACAUUUGAAGAAUGUGUCUGUACGGACUGCUAUGACCUUCGACCUCAGUUACACGCUGAAUUUUCGAAAUGGAUCCCCAACGAUAACAGAUGUCAAGUGAAAACAUUUUCACCCACCGCUGCCUGUGAGCUGCUCCGGGGAGGCACCUAUCACUUCUAUGGGGACUCCAUUGUCAGAAUGGUGUUUCUAGCCCUCAUCAUCAUACUCAAGGGAGACAAUCAAUAUGGCGGACUUCGAUCCGAUGCACCUGCUGACAUUAAGAAAAUAUGUUACGGGAUGUAUGUCUUUCCAAACCGUAACUGUCGAGCGUAUCUGGACUACACUCCUAAACUCUGCAACGGGACGGUAUCAGUGCUCUUCCGUCAUUAUCCACAGAGUAACGACGUUCCUAAGAUGAGACAAGAUGUCAAACUGGUUCUUGGAAAACCAAAGUCUAUUAUCUUUUUUGGCGCUGGAUCAUGGCAACAAUUUGAUCAGCGAGCUAUGAAGAAAUAUUCCAUGGCUGUAAUCACCUUACUUAAGAAUGAAACCUGGCCAAAGUUGAUAUGGUCAGGUUUUCAUUAUUUUGGUCUCUGGCACAGACAAGUUGUAUCAACUUCAGACAAUGAACACGCUGAACCCUUCAACAGAUAUAUGGAGGACCUGGUGGGGGCGUUCAAUGUACCCGUGUUUGAUACCUUCAACAUGACUAAAGGAGUGAGGAGCGUGGAUGGUGUGCACUACGGCCCUGGGGUCAACUUUGUUAAAGCUCAGAUAUUCUUGAAUUAUAUUUUAGAAUUACAACGUCACGCAAUAUGGACUUGAUAAACAUGUUGUACGCAUGCCUCGAGUAUUCGAGUCCUAAUGUUUUUCGAGUUAUAAGAAGCUCAAAGUUACACUGCAAAGACGAAAACGUCGUUUCUUUCCGUAUAUGGUCAUUGGACGGAAAAAAAACGAAGCUUACUCGGAGAGAACGAUUUCAUCAAUCAGCAGCGUCUACG